AUGGAAGACGACGCAGGUCCUAGUUACACUGUGCCCAGUAAUGCAACCCGGGAAGCUAUCGAUGAAAUUGCACGGGAAAUGGUGGUCGAAACUGAUCACAACUUCCUAGAGGCGUAUAACAGUGUAGCUACAUAUUACUUCAACCAUUAUCACAGAGUGCCUCGAAAUACAUCCAUACUUACAGGACAUUUAUGGAUGUAUGAGUUGUUUAACGGUCACCAAGGCCGGUUUGAAGAUGCUGUCAGCAUGUCCAAACAAGUGUUCUUGAUGUUAUGCGACACUCUUCAUAGUUUCGGAUUGACACUGCCACAGCGGGAGCAUGGCGUUCCGCUAGAAGAGAAGGUAGCCAUUUUCAUUUGUGCAUUGCAGGGAAUGAAGAUGAAAGAUUUGCAAGAACGGUUCCAACACUCGAAGGAGAUAUUGUCACGGCAUUUUCAUGAGGUUUUGAAAGUUAUGAUACCGUUCACAGCGGUUCAUAGUAGGAGUCUUACGCCUAAGCAAGUGCAACAUGGGGGCCACCCACAAUUACAAUCGCAAUGGCGAUACCGGCCAUUCAAGGACUGCAUCGGUGCACUAGACAGCACGCACGUGAUGGCUCGUGUCUCGGAAGAGUACGCCACUUCGUAUUACGGCCGGAAAGGCAUCCCAACACAGAACAUACUGGCCGUAUGUGACUUCGAUUUGUGCUUCACGUUUGUGUCAGCCGGAAAAUACUACUUGGUGGAUAGCGGCUAUAGCAACAAGACAAGGUACCUAGCCCCAUACAAGGGAUAUAGGUAUCACCAAAAUGCUCAUCGAAAUCGAAGACCACAAAAUGAGUUCGAACUAUUCAAUAAGGUACAUUCGUCAUUGCGUAGUUGUAUCGAGCGGACAUUCGGUGCGUGGAAGUCGAGGUGGGGGGCAUUGCGGAAUAUUCAGAAGUUGAGUUUCUCUAAUCAAGUGAUCUUCGUGUGUGCGUCGAUGGCGUUACAUAACUUCAUACGCCGAAACAGUGAAGUUGAUGAGGUCACAGUUCCUAUCGCAAAUAGCACCGAAUACGUGGCUCCCGAAAUGCCCGACCAUGAUGAAUACGCACGGGUUGCGGAUGUGAUUGAGGAAGGGGACUCCGACCCUCGAGAAGCCCCUGUUGGGUUGGUUCCAUUGAUGAAGCUCUGUAGGGAACAGUAUAACGGGCGAUUUUCAACAACAACGGAACUACAAGGCUAUGUUGGUUCCAUUGCUAAAGUGAAGCCCUUCUCUCCAAUUAGAUAUGAGGUAUGA